GCCCGCCGAUUGGCUGCGGGCCCUGGGGCCGCUUGCGAUUGGGCGCUUCGAAGGCGCCGGGCGGCGGCAACAAAAAUGGCGGCGGCGGCCGAGGAGGAGGCGGCGCGAGCCCUGACGGCGUGGCGGCUGAGGGAGCUGCCCGGCGUCUGGGUGAACACGGUCUGGGACCUAGAUUUCACAGAGACCGAACCUCUGGACCCCAAGAUAGAAAGGGAGAUCACAGGAGAUGGGUUGAACGCUUUCACCUGGCUUUACCGGGCUCUCUCUCCAUUCACCGUCGUGGACAAUGAGAACAGACAGAGUAUCUGGGCCUUGUUUGCUGAAAACAACCUCUCGCAUAACGCUCUUGUGGCUGUGUUGUACCACUUUGUCCAAGCGGGCCUGGAUAAAAGAGCUAACGCGCAGCAGAGGGUUUAUGCUCUUCAUGCAGCUGGGUUGUACUUCUUAUUGCUCGAAAUCCCAGGUAGCAUAGCUAGCCAGGUGUUCCACGUGGUGAUGUUUGAUAAAUGUCUUCAAACCCUGAGAAAAAGCUGGCCUCAAGAACCAAACCUGAUGAGGAAAAGAAAGAAGACACAUGCUCAAAGCCCGCAGACCAAUGCAAGAAGAAAUAGAAAGAAAGGAAAGCCAAGCAGGAAUAGGAACUCCAAUGUGGAAGAGAUACUUGAAGAGGAGGAGGAAGAGGACCCUGACAAGGUUUACUUUUCAACUGAUGAUCUUCUUCAAGUUCGCAAAUCAAUCUUUCUUCUUUUGAAAAACUUCCUAAGACUUCUACGUAGGUUCUCCUUAAAAGAAAAACCUCAGUGUUUGCAGAACUGCCUGCAGAUCUUUGUUGAAAUGACAAACUUUGAGCCGGUGGAACACGAGUUCGAGUUUUCAGCAACAAUGAACAUUAAUCAAGCCAAGUAUAUCCCCGAGCUGGCCUAUUAUGGGCUGUGGCUACUGUGCUCCCCUCUGCAUGGUACAGAAAAUAAGGUUCUUCGUCGUGUCUUCCAACGGAUCCUCAAUGUCAUUCUGAUGGUGGAAGGUGGUGCAGGUUCCAGACGCCCGGUUCUUGCAAUCACAUCAGCUGUGAUCAGUGCCAGGAAUCAGGCUGUAAAAUUCAUCAGUUCUGUAGUAGAGGAGCUGAAAGAAGUUGCCUUUCCUGUUCUUCGGAUAUUACUGCAACAUAUCUGCACCAAGGUCCCAGAUAAGGCUGAUUAUCGCACAUAUGCUGCACAGGCCUUGGUGAAUUUGCUGAAUAAACUGCCUUGUGUAGAGUUUGCUGACUUCAUUGCUUGGCUUUAUAAAUACUCACAAAACAGUAAAAUUUCCUACAGAGUGUUUGCUCUUGAUGUAGCUUUAGCUCUGUUGGAUGUGCCAGAGAGAAACUCAGGCCUCUCCUUGUCGCUGGAUCAGCAGAAGUUUCUAAAGCAUCAGUUUUUAGUACAGGUCAUGGUGUUUGGCCGGUGUUCGGACAAAGCACCCAUGGUCCGUAGCAAAGCUUUAAGCAGUUUUGCCCAAUGUCUGGAAAUGAAAGGUGCUGCCACCUUGGAUAGUAUACAGGAUUUAUUACAAGGCUCCUAUGACCAUGCAGUCUUGGAAGCAAACACAAACAGUGCAAGUUUGAUCAUUGGUGCAGAAGCUACAUCCAACAAUCCACAGAAGACCCUACCGACUUUCAAAACUAUUGAGCUGACAGACGGCAACGAUACUGCUGUGCUUGAUGGAAAGAAAAUCAUGGCCAUGCUCAGACUGAGAGCUGGGGAUGAGAAAACCAACGUGAGGAAAUCUGCUCUCCAGGUUUUUAUGAAUAUCCUGAAACACAAAGUGAUCCCUUGCACUACAGAAGAUUUAUCCACUCUUCAGGACCGUUGCCGGGACCCUGCUGUUUCUGUGCGGAAGCAGGCCUUGCAGUCUAUAACAGAGCUCCUUGUGUCUCAGCAGGAUAACGUCCUGGUGCAGAAGGCCUGGUUACACGGAGUUGUGCCUGUUGUGAUGGACACUGAAAGUUCUGUUCAAGAAAAGGCCUUGGAUUGCCUUGAUCAGGUCUUGUUGCAGCAUAUAAAGCAUUACAAGAAAUUCCAGAGCGAAGAUGAAAAACAAGCUCUAGCGUGGGAUCUCCUUACCCUCCUGACUUCAGAGAGCCAGGAGCUGAGCCGUUACAUGAACAAAGCUUUUUAUAUUUGGUCCCAGCAGAAAAAAUUCUCUUCCACAUUCAUCAAUAACGUGAUGUCUCAUGUGGAAACGGAGCAUGCCGUGCCAGCUUGGAUGUUGCUUGCUAAGGUGGCAGGUUCUUCACCCAAGCUGGAUUAUUCCAAGGUCAUUGAAUCCUGGGACAGUGUCAGCAGGCAGCAGAACACGAGCACUGACACUAUAGGACAUAUACUGUGUGUCAUCAGUCAUGUCGCAAAGCACCUCCCUAGGAGCACCUGCGAGAGGCUGAUUGAUAACAUCAAUUGCUGGCUGAGAGAGUUUCAAUGUCCCCUGGAGGUGAUUAGCCCAGCUGUAGAAACUCUGCAGAAGCUCUGCCAUGCAUAUGCAGAUGUACCAGAGAAGACUCAGGAGCUGCUCGACCAGGUAUAUGGAGACUUAGUAACCAUCUGUGAAAGUUAUAUUUCGAAUAUAGUCCUCAAAGAAGAUGGAGCGGAGCAAUUGCAAGAAGAUCUCUUUGUGAGACACCUCUUCACCUUGGGUGAGGCUGCACAGCUGUGUCCAGCCAAAGUGGAGAAACGCAUCUUUCUUUUGAUUCAGUCCAUUCUGGCUUCUUCUAACCAAUUGUCAACUUCUCUAGAUGGUGAGGAAAUUCCAGCUUCCCAGCCACUGUCCCAAUUUAGAGGAUCAGCUAUGCCUCCAGUGAUCAGAGCUCAUGCAUUCAUUACUCUAGGUAAAUUGUGUUUGCAGCAUGAAGAUCUGGCAAAGAAAUGCAUUGCAGCUCUAGCUCGAGAACUGGAGGUGUCGCAUGAUGUGGCUGUUCGCAAUAACGUCAUCAUCGUUAUGUGUGAUCUGUGCAUCCGCUACACCACCAUGGUGGACAGAUACAUUCCCAGCAUUUCCAUGUGUCUGAAAGACCCCCACCCCUUCAUCCGUAAGCAGACGCUGAUCCUGCUUACCAACCUUCUUCAGGAAGAGUUCGUGAAAUGGAAAGACUGUCUCUUCUUCCGUUUUGUCAGCGUCUUGGUGGAUCCAAAUCCAGAUAUUGCCAGGUUUGGAGAGUUCUGCUUGGUGCAUCUCUUACUGAAGAGGAAUCCAGUAAUGUUCUCCCAACACUUAAUUGAAUGCAUCUUCCAUUUCAAUAGCUAUGAGAAACACGAGAAGUACAACAGGUUCCCCCAGAGCGAGAGGGCGAAGAAUCUCUUCUCUCUGAAAGGAAAAGAUAACAAAGAAAAAAGGAUGCAUAUCUACAGGUUCCUCCUGGACCAUUUUACAGAUGAGCAGAGGUUCAACAUUACAACAAAGAUCAGCCACAGUGUCCUAGCAUGCUUUGUGGAUAGGGAUCUUCCACUGGACAUGGAAGCCAGUGAGCUGCUCUCAGAUACGUUUGCAAUCCUUAGCUGCAAAGAAAUCAAGCUAUCAACUAUGAGAUCAAAACCUGAUGAGGACAUUCAGCCUGAAGACGAUGAAUUGGCAAUGGCCAAUGCUGUCAUGCAAGCAGCACAAAAAAAACUCAUUUCACAGGUUCAAAAGAAGAACUUCGUAGAAAACAUCAUCCCGAUAAUCACGUCACUGAAGUCUUUGAUGGAGCAGAAGAAGAUCCCAGCUCUUAGGGACCUUAUGAACUACCUGCGGGAAAUGAUGCAAGAUUACCGAAAUGAAAUCAAAGACUUCUUUGCUGUGGACAAGCAGCUGGCAGCCGAGCUGGAGUACGAUAUGAAGAAAUACGAAGAGCAGCUGGAGAGGGAGAAGGAGUUGGACCAAGAGCAUGGCUCGUCAUUGCAGGCAGAGCAACCUCCAUCUGUGGAGACAGCUGUUCCUUCUGGUGGCUGGAAUAAUAACGCCCAGUCCCCUGUUGGGAGACAGCCCUCAUCCCCUCAAUCAUGUCCUACCUCUGUGUCUGAGUUUACUACACCUAGAGCUGAUGUUCUGAAACAACCAUUACUUGGUCGCAGGCCAACAUCUUUGAGCACGCUUGCCAUCCUGAACUCUGCCCGGAAAGCAGUGGAGGACAGAAACAAGCAACGCAGCAAGAGUGUCGGGGGAAAUUUAUCAGCUCUGUUGUUUCCAUCGAGCACAACUGGCAGCAAGCAAGUAUCUUUUCAAAGUGUGAAUCAACAGUCUACUGGAGCAAGUGUUCCUGUGGUGGGCCGUGCAAUCAGCACACCAGAACAGACCAUUAAUGACUUGACUUUUGGUGCUGGGGUCAGUUACAUCAGUUUGACGCACACACCCGGUUCGGCUCCAGAGAAGAAAGAGGCCGAGGACCAGCCGAGAGAGAUUAUCUGUUUGACAUCACCAGAGAAACCACCGUCCCUGCCACGGGAGUGGAAAGUAGAGUCUCCAGCAAGGAGAAAAAGCAGUCAGCGUGUGCCUCUGAGACGGUCCCAGCGGAGAACUCCUCUGAAACCAGACAACUGAUCCUUUCAAUGAAGUUUUGUACAGAAUCCUCAUCAUGUUGUCUGAAAUCUGUCCCUCUCCUCUGUAAUUAUAAAUCAUUGUGGACAGGUGUCCUGCCUUCCUUGUCUAUUUUUUUUAUUAUUUUUUUUUACGUGAAUCUCUCUAGAGUAUGGACAUGCAGCAAAGCUGGCACUAACACAUGCAUUAUAAGCUGCUGCUGCUGCUUUCGACAAAGCUCGCUGAAGUACUAGAAAGCUCCAAUAUAAAGGAAGGCUUGCUAUUCACUCACAGGAUGUAUAAUUUGUCCAUUUGGAAAAGUAAGAGCGUAAUGUUGCCAUGAGCUUUGCAAUAAAUGCGUUUAUCACAGCUUGCAGGGAAGUGAGUGGCUCAGCUUAUUCACUUGAUCCCUCAUUGUCCCUCUUGGUGAUAUACUAGAAUUGCUUUAAUUUGAACAAAGGUAGAACAGCUUGUUACUGCCACACCCCUGAAUCUGGUAAUUGCACGCUACAUCACCUCUUAUUUGUUGUGCAAACUCCUGUGUGUAUGAACAGCCUUAAUGUUCUUUUAUAUGGAAUAUUUCCAUUCUUGAACUGUACUAUUUCCAAUUAUUAAAAUUUUAUGAAAAUAAAUGGUUACAGAAUUAA